AUGAUUGAAGUCAAAGUCGACCAAGCUCUCUUCUCCCAAUCUGCCGGUAAAACAGUCCUAAUAACCGGUGCAGCCCGCGGGAUCGGAGCCGCAACCGCGAUCCUAUUCAACUCUCACGGGGCCAAUGUCAUUCUCGCCGACCUCCCGCAGCUGCGAGACAGCGCCGAAGAAGUCAUUCAGAAACAGAUGGAAUUCCCAAACCGCGCAAUAUUCGUAUCUACCAAUAUCAUCAAUUGGGCAGAGCUAACAGCAUGCUUCGAAACGGCGAUUACCACCUUCGGAAAGCUCGACAUCGUCAUAGCAAACGCGGGUAUUAUGGAGUCUGAGGCGGUCCUGGACAUGGACAACGUGGAUGCGAACGGACGUCUUCUCGAGAGCCUGGAGGCGGGGAGGCAUGCCUCCUCACUUAAAAUAGCUCUCCGUUUGGGACUACACUAUACAAACUGCUCCACAUCAACCACAACAAGCCCCCAACCGACAAAGUCAAUCUUGCUAGUUGCAUCUACAUCGAGUUAUUUCGGUGGAACCGGUGUAGCCGCCUACGUCGCGUCGAAGCAUGGCGUGCUGGGUCUUCUACGGGCGUGUCAGAAUGUUGCGCGCGUACACGGCGUCCGGGUUAAUGCUGUCGCACCGUUUUUGACACCAACCCAUAUCACGGCGGGCUUUGCGCGCAAAUGGGAUGAGGCUGGACUUGAGAAGAAUACCCCGGAUCGAGUUGCAGAUGCUAUUGCGUUUAUGGCUUUGGAUGACAAGCGGGAGGGGGAGUGUGUUUUGGUUGCCGGUAAGUACCUCCGAGAGCUCGAGGGCCCAAGGGCAAAGCUAUUGCCUUCGUGGUUGGGGGUGGAUCUUAUGGAGUUUAUGGGUCAGGCCAUGCAGUUCUUUGUUAGUAUUGGGGGAUAUGUCUUGCCCAAGAAGUAUUAG